AUACUCGAGAUAACUGCCGCUGUGCAUGCUCAGCUCUGGCGAUUUCACCUUCGUUUGCGGUCACUGUGCCACGUGGACAGGCCUCCACUUGUCAAGACCGAGGACCCUUCUUUCCAACCGUGCUGUUCUUUCCAAGGCAGGAGGACCCGGCUAGCGGGCCGUCAUGGCAUUUGGGGAUGUGACUGUGGAUUUCACCCAGGAGGAGUGGAGGCUUCUGAGCCCUGUGCAGAGGACCCUGUACAGGGAGGUGAUGCUGGCGAACUACAGCCUCCUGGUCUCCCUAGGAAUCCUCCAUUCUAAACCAGAACUCAUCACUCGGCUAGAGCAAGGGGAAGAGCCCUGGGGAGGAGAGAGAAGACGACCUCCUGGCACCUGUCCAGGCUCAAAGCCAGAAAUCUAUCUCUGUCCUUGCUGCCCGCUGUCCUUCUCCAGUCAGCACUACCUCAGUAAACACCUGCUACACAGACAUCCUGCCUACAGGUCCCCAGGCUCAUAUACAGAGAAUGACAUGCAGCCUAGAGACCCUGACUUGGCAGAUCAGAAACAACAGCAGCAACCGUCUUUGGAUCAGAGGGGCCAGAGAGAUGCAGCAGAAGGUCAAGGGAAAGACAAAAGCUCUAACCCCUUGUUUAGGAUGGAGAGGCAGAUUCCAAGGACAUUUUCAAGCCCAGCCCGAAGACAACCAGAAAGCCCAAGGGAAAAGAACAGAGUGGUGGAAAUAGAACCCAGGCAGUCUGAGAGGGGAAAUCCUAAGAACACAGAUGACAUAUUAAAAGGAAUGGGAGAUUCAAGAUGGGGAACACUCAGGUGGGCGGAGUGUGGACCAGACUUUGGCCAGAAGGCAGAGCUACUUACACAGCAAAAAGUACAUUCUAGGCAAAAGCUGUUGAUAUGCAGGGAGUGUGGACAGAGCUUUAGUGAUGAGUCAGCAUUACUCUCACACCAGAAGACACAUGGAAGAGACAAGCCCUAUGUGUGCAGUGAGUGUGGGCGACACUUCAGCUUGAAGAGAUACCUCCUCAGUCACCAGAGAGUACACUCAGGGGAGAAGCUCUAUGUGUGCACUGAGUGUGGGCAAGGCUUCCACUGGAAAGCACAUCUCCUUAAACACCAGAAGAUACACUCAGGGAAGACUUAUAUGUGCCCUGAGUGUGGGCGAAGCUUUCACAAAAAGUCAAGCCUCUUUACACACCAGAGGAUGCACUCAAGGGAGAAGCCCCAUGUGUGCUGUGAAUGUGGGCGAGGGUUCAACUGGAAGCCACAUCUCCUUAGGCACCAGAAAACACAUUCAGCAGAGAAGCCCUAUGUGUGCAGUGAAUGUGGGCAAGACUUUCACAGAAAGUCAAAUUUCAUUACACACCAGAGGAUGCACUCAGGGGAGAAGCCUUUUGUGUGCAAGGAGUGUGGGGAUGCCUUUGCCUGUAAAUCACACCUCACCAUGCAUGAGAGAACACACACAGGAAAGAAACCUUAUAGAUGCCAGGAGUGUAGACGAAGGUUUUGGAAUAUAUCAUCCUACAACAAUCACAAAAAGGCACAUUCAGGGGAGAAGGCUUUUCUCUGUAUUGAAUGUGGGAAAAAAUUUACCUGGAAAUCAAGCCUUGUAAAUCACAAGAGGACACACUCAGGAGAAGAUCCUUUUGUGUGUAGAGAAUGUGGGCGAGGCUUUACCAGUCAGUCAUACCUCACCACGCAUGAGAGAACACACUCAGGUGAGUUGCCUGUAGAUGCAUGCAGUGUGGACCGAGGUCUAGAGACAAGUCAUCCUAUGACAGGCAUUUGAAGGUACUCAGAGGUGAGAAGCAUUUUUUUCUGUAGGGUUUGGAGUCAUGUUGCACCAAAGGCCAAUUCCCAGCAGCAGAGAAAUUCCUAAGCAGUCAUAGCUCGUGAGAAAAAUGAGGAAAUGGGCCUGUGGGGAAAGACCUUUUACAAAGUCCAUGCAGAGUAUAGCUAGGAAGGGUGACAGCAAGAAAGUUGGUAUUGGUUCUUUUCUGCAGGCCAUGAUGAUGACAUGAGGGGGGUAGUCACAGAGACAGGCUCAUUACUCAUAAAGAUGAUGGAUCAAGGAAGAAAUGGGUCACUUUGUAGCACUACACAACCAGUGUCACAUCACAAUUCUUGUAAUGAUCAACAAGAUUGGAGAAGAGCAGAAAACAUUUCUCAGCAGUCAGAGAACCAGUGAGAUGGCAGAAAGAUUCAGCCCACCAUUGCUACCUUUGAAGAUGGAGGAAGGGGAUCAUGACCUGGGGAAAAAAAAGGAAGCCUUUAGACUCCUGAAAAAGCAAUGAAAUGGAUUCUCACCUAGUGCCUCCAAAAACCAAAAGGAGUGUAGCCCUGUCAACACCUACAUCUUAGUCUGGUGAGCCCCUUAUCGGACAUCUUACCUACAAAACUAAUAAGUUUGUGUUUAAGCCACUUUGUUAUAGCAGCAGUAUAAACUAAUAGAAAUGCUAUAGAAUUAUUAUAUACUGUGAUAAUUUCCCCAUUCCUUCCCUAAAGAGACCUAUUACUCAAGUAUGCUAAGGAGAGGAUUUCUCAGACAUUUCAAGGCCUGUUGGACACAGGGUCUGAGGAGACCUUGUAAUAGAGUCCAGACUAAUGUUUGGUCUACAAUGGGCCCAUUGGGUCAGU